GUGCGCUCUUCUCUCGUCAGAGAACCUUCAGACGUUCCAGAUCUGACCGCGUUGACUUUAUUGCUGUGGCAUUUAAUCGUCGGAAUUCAUGAGAGGAUUUCAGUUUUUGCUGUUGAGCUUGGAUCCUACGGAACAGUUGCUAUGCCGCAUGCGUAUAUAGCGGUCUGACUUGCCUGUAGGCUUUUGUGGCUGUGUACUGGUGGUAGCAACAAGCGUUGGCAUUUAGCAGGAAGAUCGAUGAUUGGCAGGAAUCGUUGUCAAUGAAACGUCUGUAAAUAUCUACCAAAUGCGUAUUUCUAUGUAUUUUAGACCCGCAAUUUACGGUACAUCAUUUGAAAUCAUUACAUCAGCCUGGAGCGAGUGAGAUGAAGAUAUGGAGAUAAAACGGAAGGACACUCAUUAGAUUAUGGUUUGGCUGAAGGUGGGGGAGGCGAGGAUUUGAGUGGGUCUGCAGCACGGUUGCGAGACGAUUGACGCGGAUACAACAAGUCGCAAUGACGCCUGCAUUGCAUUAAGCAGUUGGUCACACACUCGAAGUGCAGUGUGACUUUAUUUAAGCAAACUUUUAACCUCCGUCGUGACACAUUGUUGUCGAAUUGAGUGUAAAAACAACACCAAUAAAAAAACAUUGUUCAUUUCGGACAUCAUCAAAUAAUCAGCCAAUUAAUGAAUUGGUGGCCUAUACCAAAUCAAAGUUUACUUGUCACGUGCGCAGAAUACAACAGGUGUAGUAGACCUUACCUAGCCUAUGUGCCUUUCAAAGUCUAUCUUCUAAUCUAUCUUAACUUUUUGUUGUAGGCCUAGUCCUCCAAAAAAUAUAGUAAUAUGCUUGUAGAAAUAACCUAUAUUUUAUAUAUUUUAAACGGAACAUUCUUCAUUUAUAGCAGUAAAUGCAUGCCUUUAAAAAUCGCUGUGUGUCAUUCAGCGUGGUAUGUUACUCUUCCUAUUGAAAAUAAAGUGUUCACCCUCGAAGCAAGCAUAGGCGUUAAACUAGGGGCCCACAAAGACAGCGGGCAUUCCACGGAAUUAGCUUGUGUGCACAUUCUUUACGUUCUGUCUGGGUGACGAGUUCAAAGCUGAUGAUCAGAUUCGUGCCAGGACAGGGCUUGGUGUUGUACCCUCAGAUAGGGGAUAAGUUGGACAUUGUCUGCCCACGUGUGGACGGAGUAGCUGAUGGGGUGGAGUAUUACAAGAUCCACAUGGUUCCCAGGGAGCAGCUGGAGAGCUGCACCAUCACCAAGGCUGACACGCCACUGCUCAACUGUGUGAAGCCUGACCAGGACGUCAAGUUCACCCUGAAGUUUCAGGAGUUCAGCCCCAACCUGUGGGGCCUGGAGUUCUUCAGAGGACAAGACUACUACAUCAUCUCAACCUCUAAUGGCACCAUGGAGGGGCUUGAGAACCAGGAAGGAGGAGUUUGCAAGAUGAAAUCCAUGAAGAUAGUCAUGAAAGUGGGACAAAGUGCCUCUGAUCCUGUCUCACCCAAAGACUACCCCACCAGAUACCCUCCCAAGCAGCCCGACACAGUGGGAAAGGACUCCUACAAACCAAACGAAGUGCUGGAGAAGACAGAUUCGUCGUACAGGGAGGGCGAGGGCGACCAGGGGCCGGGUGGCAAAUCCUCCAGCAUCAUCGGCUCCGAGGUGGCCCUGUUCGCAUGCAUCGCCUCGGGCAGCGUCAUCUUCAUCGUCAUCAUCAUCAUGCUGGUCCUGCUGCUGCUCAAGUACCGGCGACGGCACCGCAAGCACUCUCCGCAGCACGGCACCACGCUGUCCCUCAGCACGCUGGCCACGCCCAAACGGGGCAACAACAACGGCUCGGAGCCCAGCGACAUCAUCAUCCCUCUCAGGACUUCAGACAGCGUCUUCUGCCCGCACUACGAGAAAGUGAGCGGGGACUACGGUCACCCGGUCUACAUCGUUCAGGAGAUGCCCCCCCAGAGCCCUGCUAACAUCUACUACAAGGUCUAAACCUGACCUCCGACCCCCCCAGGGCUCGUUUUUAGAUUGGACCCUCCUUUCUCAUCUCUCUGUUAUUGUUCUUGUUGUUUUUACAGAAACGUUACUAUUGUGGUUAAUAUUCCUUGUUUUUUUGGGGGGAUUCGUUCGAGAACGUGAAAGAGAAAAGCUGCUCUGCUGCGGAUUUUUUUUUUUUGGGGGGGGGGGAUACCUCCUGUCCGCUUCUCUUCUCUCCCAGCAGCUUGUGUGUUUGUGUGUGUGGACGGACGGACGUACGGACGUACGGACGUACGGAAGGACAGAUGGAUGGUUGGAGAGACAGAAAGAUGACCCCCCCCCUGCCCCCUACACGUGUUUGUUUUGGGUACACAGAAGGAACAGAGGAGUUUGACCCAAACCUCCCUGGAUAUCCUGCUCUGCGAUUCUCCCCAAAAGAGACUACUGCUGGGAAAAGAGAGGGGAAGAGACAAUGGAGGGAGAAAGAGAGGGAUGGCAGAGAGAGGGAUGGCAGAGAGAGGGAUGGCAGAGAGAGGGAUGGCAGAGAGAGGAAAAGGAGAGAAGGGGCGGACCUUGAACUCAUGUCAGUAAUGGCAGUUAGCCAUGAGACACUUUGUGGAAAUAUCCACUCUGGGGACAAUCCCGAAUGUCACACGGACACCAACCUAUCACCCACACAACUACCCACUCACUCACCCUAUCACCCACACACCCACACACUCACCCACUGUCAGUCAUUGUGAACUGUUCAGACCCUCGUGCUCGUUAAGACCCAUAAUUCCCUCAUCGUUUGUCCGACCACACCUUUUACUUUCUUGCAUCAUCAAUCAUUACCGUGGUUACUUGAAAAAAGGUUUUGGAGAAGAAGAAAACACGAUUCCUUUUUAUAGCUUCAUUAUUGUAGCUUCAUUCCUGGUAUUGUUCAGCUUGCAGAUUAUUUAUUUCUUUGGUAACGUGGUUUUGUCGCAGCUCAUGCCGUGCUGGUGUACGUGACUUUCAAAUACACACAGACACAUGUGAAAAACACACGCACGCACGCGCACACACACACACGCACACACGCGCACACACGCACACGCGCACACACGCACACACACACACGCUGCAGCCCAGCACUGAGGGAGCAGAAAGCAGGACUUGGAGAGGGCUGGACCAUGUGAAGGUGUUUUAUUUGUGUUCCGUCGCAUCGGGGGACAUGCUGCUCUUUCUACUCCCUCUGAGUGGUCAGGGCUCACCAGGUGGCUUCUGGGAAUGGUGGAGGACCUAAAUGAAUCAUAGAGCAGCACUUUUAACCUCUGCCCCCCCCCCCGUCCCUGUCCCUGUCCCUGUCCCUCUACCCAGUCAAGCAGUCAGAUCACAGAGAGAGAGAGAGAGGUGCUGGCAGAAGGGGUGAAAGAGAGAGACGAUAGAAGCUGUAUCCCUUUCAGUAUGGUUGUAAUAGUAGCAAGGACUGACUUUCCAUAGAUUGGUCUCUACAACACCGAGAAGUGUUGGUGAACCGGAAAUACAGGCAAUAAGAAAUCCCACCAUGCCUUGCUGCUGCAGUUUCAGCUACACGGAGGAAAGGUAAAGAUAAGAGAAGCCCAGGUCAAAGUGGAGUUUAACCCAGCCACUGUCUGAAACAGAGAGGUCUAAGUGGAGUUUAACCCAGCCACUGUCUGAAACAGAGAGGUCUAAGUGGAGUUUAACCCAGCCACUGUCUGAAACAGAGAGGUCUAAGUGGAGUUUAACCCAGCCACUGUCUGAAACAGAGAGGUCUAAGUGGAGUUUAACCCAGCCACUGUCUGAAACAGAGAGGUCUAAGUGGAGUUUAACCCAGCCACUGUCUGAAACAGAGAGGUCUAAGUGGAGUUUAACCCAGCCACUGUCUGAAACAGAGAGGUCUAAGUGGAGUUUAACCCAGCCACUGUCUGAAACAGAGAGGUCUAAGUGGAGUUUAACCCAGCCACUGUCUGAAACAGAGAGGUCUAAGUGGAGUUUAACCCAGCCACUGUCUGAAACAGAGAGGUCUAAGUGGAGUUUAACCCAGCCACUGUCUGAAACAGAGAGGUCUAAGUGGAGUUUAACCCAGCCACUGUCUGAAACAGAGAGGUCUAAGUGGAGUUUAACCCAGCCACUGUCUGAAACAGAGAGGUCUAAGUGGAGUUUAACCCAGCCACUGUCUGAAACAGAGAGGUCUAAGUGGAGUUUAACCCAGCCACUGUCUGAAACAGAGAGGUCUAAGUGGAGUUUAACCCAGCCACUGUCUGAAACAGAGAGGUCUAAGUGGAGUUUAACCCAGCCACUGUCUGAAACAGAGAGGUCUAAGUGGAGUUUAACCCAGCCACUGUCUGAAACAGAGAGGUCUAAGUGGAGUUUAACCCAGCCACUGUCUGAAACAGAGAGGUCUAAGUGGAGUUUAACCCAGCCACUGUCUGAAACAGAGAGGUCUAAGUGGAGUUUAACCCAGCCACUGUCUGAAACAGAGAGGUCUAAGUGGAGUUUAACCCAGCCACUGUCUGAAACAGCUCUAGGUUCUGUAGUGUCUGUUUCCAGGGGCAACAAGAACCGUUGCCCUCCUACACAACUUUAAAAAGCACAGGGACAUCAAAGCUCAUUGUCACUUUUUCUCAAACAUCAUCUUUAGCAUUUCCUUGUUGUUUUAUUUGUUUUUCACUAUUAUUAUUAUUAUUAUUAUUUUAGUUAGAAAAAUAGAUGUACAUUUAAAGGAGGUCAUUUUGAAAACAGAAAGAGUAAGAAAUAAACCAUCUGAAAAAAAAACAUAAUUUAUUCAUCAUAGACCCAUUAGAGAUGUUGUCAGACAGACACUGAUGUCGUCUUUAGUCUGGUAUAAAAGUACACAUUAUGCAAGCUAGAGUUUUAAUGAUCUAAUUCCCCCACAAUGUCCCAUCUUUUCAUUAACCGCCACCCAGAGACACAGGACUAGAGCCUGGGAAGGGGAUAGGGAGGGCAGCCUGGACAUAUGCACCGAGGGGAGAGGAGGUUGUUGGACCCAAAAUAGCAUAACCACCAGGCAGACCAGCAGUGUAUCCCACAGUCCUUCACUGUAGCAUCUCCCAAAGGACCAUGGGAAAUUCUCAUGAGUACCCUGUGCCCCUCUUUCCCCAUGCUACCGUGUGUGUGUGUGUGUGUGUGUGUGUGUGUGUGUGUGUGUGUGUGUGUGUGUGUGUGUGUGUGUGUGUGUGUGUGCCUCCUGUUGAGCAAGGCCAGUGAAAGACAGCCAUUUUGUUCUCUUUAUUCACACGCAUUUGAAAACAUUGACUUAAGAAAAUGAGAACAGGAUUGUGACUUAUACCACGCCCAAAUCAUGUAUCUGUUCACAACCAACAUUCUCAUUAGUUCAUUAAGAACAUCAAAUUUCACCAAGCCUUGUAUGAUCUGGGGUUUGUGCCUCUAAGAGGCUACAAAAUCUGCAAAUAUGCAAUUUCUAUUUAUUUUUUUAAGAAUUGAGAGAAAUCUACACCUAUGGAAAGUGUUCUUAAACCACUGAGAGAUGUAACAACACACAGGACAACAACAAAACGAGUAAAGUACAUCACACGAGCCUGCUGUUAAGAGUUUUUGAUUUCUAGUAUUAUUUUAACAUUUAUUUUAGUUCCAAGGUGAACUGUGAAGAAAAAAAAAAAAAAACGUUUUGAAAAUGAAAUGCACCCGGACAGUUAUUUAAGAAAACAGAGAGAGAGAGAGAGAAAACACACACACCAGGAAUCACAAAACAAGUUGAUGUUUAGUUGCUGUCUUGACUGCGACAGAAUAUGACAAUCGUUUUAGUUUUCUUUGAAUCUGACGUCCUUAUCCUAGCUAACGUACAACUGACAUUCUUCUGAAAACGGCUAGGGUCGAUUUUUAUGUCUCUGUUGUGUCACUGAAAUGUUGCAGCCACGUUGAGAGAAUGUUAGCAAGCUGGCUAGGAGAAGUACUUCAGGCUAACUGUAAAAUGCCUUGCUCGUAUUGGUCAGCCCUUGGUCACCUGACUCAGUAAUUUUGCACCGUUCUGUAGGUGAGAAACUGUAAAUACAUGAAUGUUUGUAUUGUUUAUGAAUCCUGGGAUGUUACGAUAGCCUUAUUCACCUUUUUAGGAAAGUAAAUGGACAUGAAUAAAGAGCAAAUGGGACACUCUUCUGUAAAACAGAGCAUACGUUUGUUGGUAAAUAGCUUGUGUAUAUAUUGACAAGAUCAAUAAAACAAUGUUUUUAUCAACUCUUAAAGUAAGAUGUUUGUAUACAAUUCGAUUUUUUUUUGCUGAUUUUUUUGUUUGUUUGUUGCUAUGUAUUUUAGCUAGCGCUCGUUGGAAAGCCUGUUGUCCUCCUCCCACUCCCUCCCCCUUUUGCACUGUUUCCAUGGCAAUUUGGAAACAAUCGAGAGAACAAGUUGCCAAACCGACUGCUGCAUAUUCCUGUGUACCAUAAAUAUUUAUUGAAUUCAUUUUUGUUGUUGUUCUGUUUUUUAUUUUUAAUUUUUAAAAUUUGAUUUCUGUUCAGUAAGUGACACAGUAUUACGAUUGCGUUGUUCAUUUGUCUCCCUGUCCUGGUUUCGUUAGUCUGUCCUGGUUUCGUUAGUCUGUCCUGGUUUCGUUAGUCUGUCCUGGUUUCGUUAGUCUGUCCUGGUUUCCAGGUGGCUGUAUCAGUAACCCCCCCCCCCCCUUGCAGUUUGAGAUGACCAGGCCGUUGAAAUGGUUAAACAUUCAAAAACAAAAAUUAACUAAAGUGACACACACAUUCCACCAGUCUGUUAAAGAACUGAAAAUGUUUUUCAAUAAAAUGUUUUUCCUAUGGA